GAAAUUCAUAAUAUCGAUCGUAUGUUAUCAAGAAAAGUUACAAAAAUAUGUUUUCAUAAGAUUAUUAUGUGAAACAUAAGACUUUUAUGAUAUUCAUAACAUUACAAUAUGAAUUACAUACGUCAUUCGUUCCGAAUUCAUACGAGCAUCUUAUGAUCGGCAUAAGCUAUUACGCAAGAGAAUAUGCAGAACACUUUCUUGUGAAAAAAUCGAAGAUGGCGCAGCGUUUUGUGGAGGAAAGCGUGUUGAUAGAAAAUUUUCUCGAGGAGGCGUCAACAGCUAGUUUGAAUCUUUUGAAAGAGGUCGGAAUUGGCACUGUAGAACUGAUAACUAUUGGCAAGACAGAGUUUUUCGCAGCACUUGCAAAAAUAGCUACAUAUUCAGACAUCAUCCAGUUGUGGAAUUGGGUUGAAAACUGGCGUCAAAGAAAUCAACUAGAAAACGUGUCUGCGAUUAACGUGGAUCCCACGUUUCCCAAUUCUGUCACACAAUCGGUAGCAGCACAUAUUCAUGAUAAUGUGACGGAUUCGAACCAGACUGCAUAUAGCUUCAAACAAGAUGUGAGCUCAGUUACGGACAUCGGAACGCAGUCAGAAACUGGAACCCGAAUCGUUGCUCCCGAGGAUACUCACUGCGCGACUGCUCAAAAGAUUUUUAAAAAAGAAGUUCUUGAACAUUCAAAUCUUCGAGAACCGACUACUUGCAAGCAACCAACACUUUCACUCCCGAACGAUCAAGUUUUUAACGCAGAAACCAAAGUGCAAGCUAACGGUUCAACGCUUUCUCAAACUGCAGAAUCGCACGAGGAUACGGAAGAAGAAUGUGAACAGUUUGAACAUAAAAAUCACAACUUGACAAAUAACGCAGGACCGCAUCCGCUAUCAUUCCUUACACCAGACGCUUUGGAAAAACUGCUGGUACAGACGGUUUACGGAAAGCAAUUGCUACAGCAUGCUAAAACGCAUACACUUUCAGUUUCCGGGAGAAAAUUUGUAGUUGAUACCGUUGCCCGUCACCAUCUUUCUUACAACCGCAAAGCUUCUGCAGAAGUGAUUCGUGAGUACAGCGUUGUGAUUACUGCGCUUUUCCAAAAAGAAUCGAAGGACAUUUAUUUCAUACCGAGAAGAAGCGGUAAUCCUGGAGGAAAAUUAUAUAGUCGUAUAAACUAUAUCAAACAAUCAGAGCGUAAACGUGAUCGUGAGGAAGUGGAAAACGUGUCAACUGGGUUGAACGUCAACGUGCUACCGAUCGUUGUAGAAAACGCACUUUCCUGGCUAGAAUUGAAUAAUUUUCCCUGGACCAGUGUGCUGACUCAGUGGGAAAUAAGUUUUCCAGGCAGAAAGCAGUCGCUACGGAAGUUUUGCAAGUCCUCGAAGUUAAUAGCUAGCUAUCCACAUUUGAGCGAGGCUUACGGCUACCAAUUGUUGGAUAUUGAUUACCGAUUGUUGUGUCUUGGAGAUCCGAGCGAAGGAUGUAAAUGUUGGACUGACUUGUUUAAACCAAUAGCAAAGUACGUUGCUAAACACGCUAGAGAUCCAUCGUCAAAGGACUUAAUUUAUUCACUCGAAAAUGAGGAGUUGUCAACAAAUUCUCGAUUGUUGUGCUUUCUUCUGGCGCUGAAUACAGUGUUGGUUCCGGUUAAAGCAGCGCAGGGAUUCAAACCAACGGUGGCCACCGCGCAAUCUGAUACGUUUCUGCUGGUGGUCAGCCGAGAAAAAGCACUAGAGGAAAUACAAAAGUCACUUUUGGUAUAUGAAGAACAGCGAGUUCCAAUUCCACCAAAACUCGUAGUCCUGGGAGAAAAUCUGUCCUCAGUAACGGGAGAGUGUCUUGUUCUAUAUAAGAACAUCGAAUAUAAAUUAACCAGCAUCGCGCGAGGUAAUGACGUGUUAGUAAAACUACUGAUUGUGCUAGGGUUGCCUGCCUCUAAGCUGUCUAAGUUGGUAUGGUUGUUCAUUAUCAAAUAUGUUUACCGAGUUGAGCCUGAUAACGGUGGUUACUUAUGCUUAAGCAAACUGAUCGAAUUCCUAAAUAAUCAGCCAUGAUGAUUACAUGUUGUAUUGAAGAAUGCACACGAUUAUUUCAAACUGCAGAUGAAUUGUUGGAGCAUGUUAAGAAAAUUCAUAGACCCCCAGCAGAAUUUCUUUAUAAAUGCACAUUUCCUGGAUGCAUUCAAAUUUUUUCUAAAAUUUAUGGAUUUAAAAGGCAUUUGAAAAACCAUUCUUUUGGAGUGUUUGAUAAUGUGCUGACAAACGAAAAUAUAGAAAACGAUGAAGCCUUAAUAAGUGUUCCUCCUAAAACAAAGAAAACACAGCCGAAUACAAUAAACACUCUAAACAAUUUUAAGUUCGAACAAAAUUUAAUAAACAUGCAAAAAUCUGCAGUUGAGUUUACAUUAAAUAUGCACAAAAGACCAAAUUUUUCAAGACGUGAUGUGAAAGAUAUACAAGACGCAACAAAAAAGCAUUAUAUAAAAACAGUAGAAAAUAUCGAAGCUCUGCCUAUAAUUAUCGAGAAUCCUGAAGUCAAAUACCAAUUCGAGAAAUAUCUAACUCAAUUAAAAACCAGUUUCGACUUCAUUGACACAGAAUAUAAACUAUUUGAACAUCUCCAGAAUCUUGGUAUUUUACGGCUUCCAAAAAUACUAACUUUGGAGAACAACGAAUUGAAGCAAACCACAACAAUUGAAUUUCGAAAAUCUUGUAUAGUAUUAAAUCCAAUAGAGUAUCAAGUUCGAUCAUUUUUUGAAACAGACGGUAUACUAGAAAAAACCAUCGAGCAUACAAAAGCAUUAGAAAAAUCAACACAUAUCGAGCAUUUCGUGAAUGGGGAAGUUUGGAAAACUAUAAAAGCGAAAUAUGAACAAGAUAAGUCAAGUUAUGUUAUACCUCUGUGGUUAUAUGCUGAUGAGUUCGAAGUGAAUGACCCACAGAGUUCUCAUAGUAAGAUAGAUGUUGUUUGUGGAAUAUACUACAAUUUUCCAACUAUCCCUGAUCAAUACAAAUCACGUUUGUGCAAUAUAUUUGUCGCAGGAGCUAUCAGAAAAGUUGUUAUAAACAGGACAGGCGUAAAUAGGCUGGUUGAAGAAUUGAUUUUACCAUUUAAGAAACUCGAGGAAGAAGGUGUGAUUUUGCAGUUGGGGUCGGAACAUGUUAAGGUACGAUUUAUAUUCAGUUUGUUUCAAGGCGAUAAUCUCGGAGUACACUCUUUGCUUUCGUUAUCCAAUGGGUUCAACGCAAGUUAUUAUUGUCGAUUUUGCCGCAGACAUAAAGUACAACUACAGAGGGACUGUGAGGAACAUCACAAUUUCUUGAGAAAUGUUCAAAAUUACGACGAAGAUGUUGCAAUUGGUAGGCAUUCAGAGACAGGUAUAGCUGGUAUAUCGGCAUUCAAUCAGCUACCUUCUUUCCACGUUAUUGGAAACCCCAGCGUGGACGCUAUGCAUGAUUUGUUCAGUAAUGGAUUUUGUAGAUACGGUCUUCU